UUAAUUCCUCUUAUUUUGUUAUAUAAACCCUAUGCUAUGCUUCUUCUUAACUCAUGCACCCAUCUCUUUCUCUUCUCUGCCUCUGUUAACAAUCUUUUGCAUUGAUAGCGUAGAGUAACGAGGAAGAAGCUAAACUAUUGCCGAUAUCAUGAAGAUGGGUGAGAACGAUGCUGCAAAGAACCAUUUUGCUUCCCAAGUUUUCAGUGUCUCUGUGGACGUUCCUUCUCAAGGUGGUGGCUCCAAGUGGUUUGACGACGAUGGUCGCCUCAAGCGAACUGGAACUGUUUGGACUGCGAGUGCUCACAUAAUAACAGCUGUGAUUGGGUCUGGUGUUCUGUCCUUGGCUUGGGCAGUAGCUCAGCUUGGAUGGAUUGCUGGUCCUGCUGUUAUGUUCUUGUUCUCCUUCGUCACUUACUAUACUUCCACUCUGCUCUCUGCCUGCUACCGAACUGGAGAUCCUGUCAAUGGCAAGAGGAACUAUACUUACACGGACGCUGUUCGAUCCAAUCUUGGUGGUGGUAUGGUUAAGAUAUGCGGAUACGUUCAGUACUUGAAUCUUUUCGGAGUCGCCAUUGGUUACACAAUAGCAUCAUCCAUCAGCAUGAUGGCUGUCAAGAGGUCUAAUUGUUUCCACAAGACAGGAGGCAAAGAUCCAUGUCAUAUGAAUGCCAAUCCCUACAUGAUUGCAUUUGGAAUUGUGGAAAUUAUUUUCUCCCAAAUUCCUGACUUUGAAAAGCUGUGGUGGCUUUCCAUUGUUGCUGCAGUCAUGUCCUUCACUUACUCAACAAUUGGUCUUGGACUUGGGAUUUCUAAAGUUGCAGAAGCUGGAAAAUUUCAGGGAAGUCUAACUGGAAUAAGUAUAGGCACCAGCGUCACUGAAACCCAGAAGAUAUGGAGGAGCUUCCAAGCUCUUGGUGACAUUGCUUUUGCUUAUUCUUACUCUCUUAUCCUCAUUGAAAUUCAGGACACAAUCAAAUCCCCACCAUCAGAAGCCAAGACAAUGAAGAAAGCAACUCUAAUAAGUGUUUCAGUGACAACACUUUUCUACAUGCUCUGUGGCUGCUUUGGCUACGCAGCCUUUGGAGACAUGUCACCUGGAAAUCUCCUUACAGGAUUUGGCUUCUACAACCCAUAUUGGCUAAUCGACAUCGCCAACGUCGCCAUAGUCGUCCACCUUGUUGGUGCCUACCAAGUCUACUGCCAACCACUCUUUGCUUUCAUUGAAAAAGCAGCAGCACAAAGAUUCCCAGACAGCAACUUCGUCACCAAAGAUAUUAAACUCCCACUUCCUGGUUCCCGUUCUUACAACCUCAACCUCUUCAGAUUGGUGUUUAGGACAAUUUUUGUGAUCAUUACAACUGUAAUGUCCAUGCUGCUUCCCUUCUUUAACGACAUAGUUGGACUCCUUGGAGCUUUAGGAUUUUGGCCAUUAACUGUUUAUUUCCCAGUUGAGAUGUACAUAGCUCAAAAGAAGAUACCAAAGUGGAGCACAAGAUGGGUAUGCCUCCAAAUCCUUAGUGCUGCUUGCCUUAUCAUCACCAUAGCUGCUGCUGCUGGCUCCAUUGCUGGAGUUGUUGGUGAUCUGAAGACAGUGAAGCCUUUUAAGACCAGCUAUUAGAUCAACACAGGUUGAUUUGUACCACCUUUGAUAACAUUUCAAAAACAAGAGAAAGAAUCAAAACUAGUUUUAGUUUUAGUUCAUGUUCAUAUGAAGCCCUCAAGUGGCUGUUUCAAUUUCUAUGUAGUUUUUCUGAUGUUCAUUCUCAGUGGCACCCAUGUCUGUAAUAUAAGCUGAAGAAGAAAACAUGGGUCUUUAAUUCCAUAUCUUCUAAUGCAAAUUUGAAGAACUUCUGUCCA